AUGAAAAAAAAAAAGAAGAAAACUAGUGUAAAGAGAAUUGAAGAAGAUUUAGCUAAAGCAAGGGCAGCAAUUCGGGAAGCGAUUCAGUCGAGGAACUAUACAAGUGAGAAGGAAGAGACAUUUAUCCCUAGAGGAUCCAUUUACAGAAAUCCAUAUGCUUUUCAUCAGAGCCACAUAGAGAUGGUGAAGAGGUUCAAGGUAUGGACCUACAAUGAAGGGGAGCAACCUUUGAUCCACAGUGGGCCACUGAACCACAUCUACGCCAUAGAAGGGCAAUUCAUCGAAGAAAUAGAAAGGGAUAAAAGCCCCUUCAGGGCUAGCCAUCCCGAAGAGGCACACGUAUUUUUCAUGCCCUUUAGCAUAGCCAACAUUGUCAGAUUUGUUUAUAUGCCUAUCACCAAAAAAACUGACUUCUGUCGUGAUCGGCUGCAAAAGAUUGUAAUUGACUACAUCAAGUUCGUAGCAGAAAAGCAUUCUUAUUGGAACAGAAGCAGUGGUGCUGACCAUUUUAUGCUUUCAUGUCACGAUUGGGCACCAGAUGUGUCAGAUGACAAUCCUCAGCUCUUCAAGAACUUCAUGAAGGUCCUCUGCAAUGCCAAUACCUCAGAGGGAUUCCGACCCACAAGAGAUGUUUCAAUACCCGAAAUUUACCUAGAAUUUGGAACACUUGGCCCUCCUCACCGAGGCCAACCCGCAAACAAUCGCCCAAUCCUUGCCUUCUUUGGUGGUCGAGAGCAUGGACAAAUUCGAAAAUUCAUACUCAAGCAUUGGAAGGACAAAGAUAGUGAUGUACAGGUCCAUGAAUACCUCCCAAAAGGCCCCAGUUACACCAAAGUAAUGGGCCAGACCAAGUAUUGCUUAUGCCCUAGUGGAUUUGAAGUGGCAAGUCCUAGAAUUGUGGAAGCAAUUUACAUGGGAUGUGUCCCUGUGAUAAUUUCUGAUAGUUAUUAUCUGCCUUUUAGUGAUGUCCUUAAUUGGAGCCAAUUUUCUAUACAAAUUCCAGUGGAGAGGAUAACUGAGAUCAAGACAAUAUUACAAGGGAUACCCUAUGAGAAGUACUUAAAACUGCAAAAGCAGGUAUUGAAAGUGCAAAGGCAUUUUGUGCUAAAUAGGCCUGCUAAGCCAUUUGAUGUCAUUCACAUGGCGCUUCACUCAGUGUGGUUGAAGAGACUAAAUUUUGCGCUUCCUACUUAA